CACGCCUACACAGGCUGGUCACAAGUCAGAAUUAUUUAGUCGUGUUAUUGGCGCCGGUGCUAGUUGUCCUACCGCACACUUACCCAUGGAGGGGUAUAAGAGACACCACACAGACCAUGCCCUGCCUCCGUCGCAUUUGUUGCUUCCUUUGAUCGACUCGCUGCCUAUCGACGCGACCCUCCUCAUCCCUCCAACCGGACUUUGAUUCUGGCGACACCCCUUUUUCCUCCAGGAUAUGUACAUAUACCUAUAGAAUCAAGACUUGACUAUCCACCCACCACCACACUCGUUUCAUCCACCAUGUGGAUGCGGACUGUUCUACUGGCCUCUCUAGGCCUUGUCGUUCCUUCUCUCGCCCAAUACGAUCCUUCGUCCUCUGGCUACAGCGUCAAGACUCCCCCACUCUCAACAGACUGGACAGACAAGGUUGGCACAGACCCUUGGACUGAAUACCCUCGACCUCAACAAGUGCGCGACAAAUGGCAGAGUCUCAAUGGUAUCUGGCGCUAUGAAGCGGCGUCCAGCCUGGACGACGUCCAUAGCCCGCCUACCGGCAAGGGAGAAAGUUUCGGGGCACCUAUCAUGAUUCCUAGCUGUCUGGAGAGUGCUCUGAGUGGUGUCAUGGCUGAGGUCGGCAGUGCAAACCUUUCUUGGUUCCAAACCACUUUCAAAGUGCCAUCCGACUGGCAAGGCGAUAAUGUAGUUAUCAACUUUGGAGCCGUCGACUACCAAGCGACAGUCAUUGUCAAUGGGAACAAUGUGACCGCGCACACCGGUGGCUACAAUCGAUUCUGGGUCGAGAUCAGCGAGCAUGUCAACUUUGGAGAGGACAAUGAGCUAUUGGUGUUUGUGCAUGACCCUACAGAUAGUAACGGAUAUGUUGUACCAGUUGGCAAACAGACAAACAUUCCGUCACACAUCUUCUACACGCCUUGCAGUGGUAUCUGGCAGUCUGUCUUUAUCGAGCCGGUUCCCAAGACUUAUAUCGACAAGAUUGACCUGUCAGGCGAUAUGUGGGGCGUCGCCAACAUCACCGUCCACUCUUCCGACAACUCUUUCCAAUCUGUCAAAGUCUCUGUCCUUGACGAGAACGCUUCGACAUUGUAUGAAGGCAAUGGUACUUCCGAUACUGCCUUUACCUUUACCGUCCCAAAUGUCUCUUUGUGGUCGCCUUCAUCCCCAAAGCUAUACAACGUGACUGUCGCACUAGGUGAUGACUCGGUUGACACGUAUAUUGGCUUUAGGACGGUGGAACGCGGUACAGUACAAGCGGUCACCAGGCCUUUGUUGAACGGUGACUUCUUCUUUGCCUUUGGUCCUCUAGAUCAAGGCUUCUGGCCCGACGGUCUUUAUACCCCCCCUAACCACGAAGCUAUGGUUUACGACCUCCAGUUCCUCAAAGACCUCGGUUUCAACAUGGUCCGAAAACAUAUCAAGGUCGAAACCGAUCUUUUCUACCGAGCGUGCGACGAAAUCGGAUUGUUAGUCAUGCAAGAUAUGCCUUCAUUCAACGAAGACCUACUUCCGAAUGAUGAACAACAAGCGCAAUUCGAAUCCCAGCUCGAAGAGAUGGUCCAGCUUCACAAAUCAUUCCCCUCCAUUUACGCCUGGGUCAUCUACAACGAAGGCUGGGGACAGCUGGACCGUGGACCCGAAGUGGAGAUCACCCCGAGGCUGCAGUCCUGGGAUCCCACGCGAUUGGUCAACUCUGUGACAGGGUGGCAUGAUCAUGGGGCUGGUGACUUUUUGGAUGACCACCAUUAUGUCGAGCCACAGUGUGGAAUGGCUAAUGCCUCGGGACCUUCGUCGCCAUACGACCCAGACAGGAUCGGUUUCCAAGGCGAGUUUGGUGGUCUUGGGCACAACGUCUCCAUCGAUCAUCUGUGGAAUGUACCUGAAGCUAUUGCCGCAAUCAACGAGACGUACGAGAUUGACAAGACCAUCGACGAAUGGAACUCUCGAGCCCACACUGUCCUCGGGAUUCUCGAAUCUCAGAUCAAAGACUAUGCUUGCUCGGGUGGUGUCUGGACACAGACGACGGAUGUUGAAGGAGAAAUCAACGGUCUGAUGACUUAUGAUCGUCGUGUCAAGCGAACGGUUGAGUCACAGUGGAAGUCCGACAUCCAAGCCUUGUACAAGGCCGCAGCUGCGAGGGGCGGAGGUGACGGUAUUGGUCCGGCGUCGACCGCGAAUGAUACUGCCUCCAGUACUGUGCUUGCUUCCCAGCCCUCUGAAAGUGUCUCGAGUUCUGGAAGGAAAGCGGAAGGUGGAGGUGUGCUGGGUCUGUUCUUUGGAGCCUUUGUGACGGCUACUUUUCCUAUCGUGUUUUGAUAAUCGAUACUUGUUUCUUUGAUAAUCUUACCUUGUGGCGUGCUUUUGAGUAUCUGAUCUCCGAAUUUAAUUCUCGAAUGUGAUUCAUCUCGUGUUGAAAUGCGGAUGCUACAUAAGUGAUGCUACGUGUGAGUUGU